UACAAAAAAAAUCGCCGGCGGCGGUUUAUUUUCGUUUCAUUACAACAAUAUUUCCCCGUCAAAACAUUUCAUGGACGACGAGGAGCACAAAAACGAUGGAGCCGCCGCGCCUUCAGUGAUCGACCGUUACUACACGCGAUGAUAUGAAGGGAAACCCGUGCGAGGACCAUUGCAUCCUUCAGCAUUCCAACAGGAUUUGCGUCAUCACCUUGGCCGAGACUCACCCGCUGCUGGAGAAAGGCCGAAGCAUCGCCAAGAUCAACUACCAGAUCAGCAACGCCUGCAGCCGCUUGAACAACAAAGUGUCCGGAAAGUCCAAGCGGGGAGGUCAAUUCCUGACUGAAUUUGCGCCGCUGUGUCGAAUAACGUGCACGGAUCAAACCCAGUUCACGGUCUACAGCUGCAUCAGGGGACGUCUCCUCGAGGUCAACGAGAACAUUCUGGAAAGGCCGGGCCUCUUACAGGAAAAGCCGUCCACGGAGGGCUACAUCGCCGUCAUCCUGCCCAAGUUCGAGGAGAGCAAAAGCAUCACCGAGAACCUUCUGAGCCGGGACGACUUCGACAAGCUGGUCGCCGGACGGGCCGCCGCGCAGACGACGGAGGUCACGCGGCCCUCUUGACGAAAAACCCAAAUAAAAUCGCGGAAGAAGAGUC